CGGAGAAGCGUUUGUCACUUCGUGAACUCAAGGUGAAAAACCACCCUUGCCAAGGCUAUAGAACCCCUGGAAAAUGACAAUCAGUAGGGCUACUCAGCUGACCCUCGAAGGAAAGGUUGUCAACCCACCAUCCGAGGAAAAUGUUUCUAGCGAAACAGUGGGCGUGAUUGAUCCUGACCUUAUGGAGAAAGGAGUUGACAGUCGGCGGGCAAGUUCGAGUUCUGAUGAUUCUGAUUCUGCCAUCGCAGCCAAUGUUGACGAUCCGUGGGCCAUCAUCGAGCUAGUAGACGACUCGGAGAAAUGGGCUGACAUGACUACGAAGGCCAAAAUAAUCCGAGUGCUAAUCAACUUCGCCAAAAUCCUAACUGCACUAGGAUUGCUCUACUUCUUCAUAUGCUCCCUAACCUUACUUUCUAGCGCAUUCCGCCUCAUUGCUGGAAAAACAGCCGGUGAACUUUUUCAGCAAAGUGAACUUAUGCAAAACCCCGUGGUUGGUUUGAUGAUUGGAAUUCUAGUCACCGUACUCGUUCAAAGUUCUUCAACAUCUACAUCAAUUGUGGUCAGCAUGGUUGCCGCAGACAUUAUUACCGUUCACAUGGCAAUCCCAAUCAUCAUGGGUGCCAAUAUUGGAACUUCAGUGACAAACACAAUUGUGUCCUUCACCCAGAUCGCCAACAGAAACGAGUUUAGAAGAGCUUUCGCUGGGGCGACAGUACACGAUAUGUUUAAUUGGCUGGCCGUCAUUGUUCUCUUUACCGUUGAAAUCGUUUCGAACUCAAUAUUUGGAAUCGGUUAUCUGGAAUGGUUGACUGGAGAAAUUGUUAAAGGCGUCAAUUCUUCGUCCGGGAACGGCGGGGUUACCUUGUUGAAUGCCAUCAUAGACCCGUUCGUAGAUAAAAUUAUUCAGCUUGAUUCCCAAGUCCUUGAGGGCUGGGCAGCAGGCGAUCCAAAUUACGACAACGCUUCCUUAAUCAAGCAGUGCGGCGAAAACAUCACCCAGCCUGUUCCUUGUGAGGGCGAAUUUUUGUUCGAAAACACAGGGCUAGAAGAUUGGGCUGUCGGUCUGAUUCUCUUAUUCAUCUCACUUUUCAUGCUCUGCGGAUGUCUCGUUGGUUUAGUCAAAAUUCUCAACUCCAUGAUGAAAGGACACAUUGCCAACAUUAUCAAACGAGUGAUUAAUGCCAAAAUUCCAUACGUCCCUUGGCUGACCGGCUAUCUUGCUAUGAUUGUUGGUGCGGUUAUUACCUUUCUGGUUCAGUCGAGCUCGGUGUUUACGUCGACACUUACUCCUCUCGUCGGCAUCGGUGUCAUUUCGAUUGAACGAGUGUAUCCACUAACUUUGGGAUCAAACAUUGGAACGACAACGACGUCGCUCAUCGCUGCGUUGGCCGCACCAGUCGAAAAACUUCAGGACACUUUGCAAAUUUCACUGGUCCAUUUGUUUUUCAACAUAACGGGCAUUUUGCUUUACUACCCCAUUCCGUUUAUGCGAUUUCCCAUUCCAAUGGCGAAAUUCCUCGGCAAUGAGACGGCCAAAUACCGAUGGUUCGCCAUUAUAUAUUUGGUGGGAAUGUUCUUCCUUUUCCCCGGAAUCGUUUUGGGUCUCUCUGUCGCUGGAACUAUCCCACUAUUAUGCGUUGGUAUUCCGUUUGUGCUUCUUUUGAUCGCAAUAGCCAUUAUCAAAACACUACAGCGCAAAAAACCAUCAUGGCUACCGAAAACAAUGCGGAAUUGGAAGUGGCUUCCGCUUGCUUGUCGAUCCCUGGAGCCGUACGAUCGCCAGUUCGCCAAAUGCGCUUGCUGCAAGAAAUUCAGGCCGGAAGCUGAGGGUAACAUUCCAAGUUCCGCAUCCAGUAUUUCAGGCGAUUCCAGCGAAAACGAAACCAAAGAUGCGUCGUAAAACAAAAUAAUUGGAGAUCAAUGCAGUCUAUUUUGGUGGAGCGUCAUCGAGGAAGAAUCAUGCGUUUUCUCGCAACCACAUCGAGCGACGAAGAAAAUUGCAGUUUUAAAAGAUUCUUUAAUUUACCCACUGGCCUGUGACUCUAAGAUGUAUUCUGGAGUAAGGAGGAAUUUUUCAUCUCCAGAAUUGCUUCGUUCUGGAGAUGUUAACUUAUUUUCUUAUCGUUGUUUUCUUUUUUUUUUUAACCUCCAAUCGGCCAACUCAUGCGCCUCAUAACAUAUCCACUUAAUGUUCAUUGUCUGUUUGUAUAUGAAAUGUAAAGAUGGAUGAAUCAUUAAUUCAGCGAGUCGUGUACUAACGCCGAAAAUAUAUAUUCUGUUUAGCAGUGUA